UGUGGGCACUACCCUCACCCCACCGAGUAUCUGUUGUUUGAACUGGAUCAUCCCCCAAGCUCCUCCCCUCCAUACCCCCCUCUCUCUCUCUACAUACACCUACACAAUAUGCAUAUACAUACACUCUGUUAAUACAAAUUGAAUCUCAAUCCCAAAACCUCUCUCUCUCUCUCUCUCUCUCUUAAUUUGAUGAGUUUGUUCAUCAAUCCCAAUCCAAUCAAGAUCAUUGUUCCUUCAUCCUUCCGAUUUUGCCCCUCAAUCCGAUCUCUAUUUGCCUCCCCUUAUAAAUCCCUACCAUCUCGCAUACCAUUAGCAUCGACAACAUCAAUGGCGACUACUUCUAAGCCGUCGGCAAUCGGCGGCGGCGGCGGCGGAGAAGGAGCAGCGGCGGAUAACGCGGAAGGCAUGGCCAGGAGGUUCUGGAUCAAGUUCAGCAAAGACUCGACUCUUGCUCUCUACACUCCCUUCGUUGUCUGUUUGGCUUCCGGGAAUCUCAAGCUCGAUACUUUCCGGUAUUACAUCGCCCAAGAUGUCCAUUUUCUCAAAGCCUUCGCCCAAGCGUAUGAGUCGGCAGAGGAUUGCGCAGAUGACGAUGAUGCUAAGAUUGGGAUUAGUCAGUUGAGGAAAAGUGUCCUAGAAAAGCUGAAAAUGCAUGGUUCAUUUGUCAAAGAAUGGGGUUCUGACAUGGUCAAAGAGAACACUCUCAACUCAGCUACAGUUAAAUACACGGAUUUCUUGUUAGCAACUGCCUCAGGGAAGGUUGAAGGAGUAAAAGGUCCUGGAAAACUUGCCACUCCUUUUGAAAAAACAAAACUUGCGGCUUACACAUUAGGUGCCAUGGCACCUUGGACGAGACUUUAUGCUUUUCUAGGGAAGGAACUCCAGGCACUUCUGGAUUCCGACAGUAGUAGUCACCUCUACAAGAAGUGGAUCGACAAUUGUUCCUCUGGAAGUUUUCAGGCAUCAGCUCUGCAAACUGAGGACUUGUUGGACAAAUUAAGUGUAUCUUUGACAGGAGAAGAGCUGGACAUCAUUGAGAAGCUUUAUCAUCAAGCCCUGAAACUGGGAAUACAGUUCUUCUGUGCUCAGCCGCUUGUUCAACGACCUGUUGUUCCUCUGACAAACGAGCACAACCUUAGAGAACAUCGGUUUAUGUUAUUUUCUGAUUUUGAUUUGACGUGCACUGUUGUUGAUUCAUCUGCCAUUUUGGCAGAGAUUGCAAUAGUAACAGCACCAAAAUCUGAUCAAAGUCAACCUGAAAAUCAAAUUGUUCGGAUGUCUUCAGCUGACUUGAGAAACACAUGGGGUGUUCUUUCUAGGCAGUAUACAGAAGAGUAUGAACAAUGCAUUGAGAGCAUUGUGCGUUCUGGAAAAGCGGAGAGAUUCAAUUAUGAAGGACUGUGUAAAGCACUUGAGCAACUUUCGAAUUUUGAAAAAAAGGCAAAUUCUAGUGUGAUUGAAUCUGGAGUACUCAAGGGUCUGAAUCUUGAAGAAAUAAAACGGGCUGGGGAACGUGUAAAACUUCAAGAUGGUUGUACAGGAUUCUUCGAGAGGGUUGUAAAGAAUGGAAAUUUGAAUGCAAAUGUUCAUGUACUUUCCUAUUGUUGGUGUGGUGAUCUCAUUAGAUCAGCUUUUUCAUCAGGGGGUUUGAAUGUUCUGAAGGUACAUGCAAAUGAAUUUGUCUAUGAAAACUCCAUCUCUACCGGUGAAAUUGUUAAAAAGGUUGAAUCACCCAUUGACAAGGUUAAGGCUUUUAGUGAUAUUCUAAAGAACAGCAGCAAGGAGAAAAAGAACUUGACUGUUUAUAUUGGAGACUCGGUGGGUGACUUACUUUGCCUGCUUGAAGCAGAUGUUGGAAUUGUUCAUGGAUCGAGUACAAGCCUAAGGCGUGUGGGAAGUCAUUUUGGUGUUUCGUUUGUUCCAUUGUUCCCUGGUGUAGUUAAGAAGCAGAAAGGAUGUGCUGAAGGAAGCACUUCUAGUUGGAAGGGUCUAUCUGGCAUUCUUUACACGGUCUCCAGUUGGGCUGAAAUACAUGCUUUCAUUUUGGGGCCAUAAAAUCAUUUUGUUAUGGUCAUGCGUUCAAUGAUAUUAGUUAGGACGAUGAAUCUUUAUACAAGAAUAGAACAUAGAUAUACAAGUUGGUGGCUAAUUUUAUUAUGGGCCACGGAUCAGCUGUUUUUCUUCCCUUUCUGUCUGUCUACAGGGUCUUCUGUUCAGAGAUGUAAAUGCCAUUUCUUUUGACUGGUUGUGCUAAGCAGGGGUACUUAUAAUUUCAUGGUGUUGAGAGGUUUCAUGCAGCAAUCAUCCCGAAUAUGGAGCGUUUCCUAUUGUAUUUCAGAUUAAGACUUGUGCUUUUGCAGGUUGUUACUGUUCCUUAUUCUGUUGAAUGACAAUUUAAUGAGACAAUAUAUGGAUUUUCUGUUAAGAGAUGAGUUCCUGCAACCCAUUUCUUAAUCUUCUAGUUCUCUCCAUUGGAGUAUAUUUGCAUUGUGAUGAUAAUUUUAUAAUCCCAUAUCUGUUCUUUUUGAUGGUAUA